AUGUCUUCAAAAACUCUAACGGAAAACGACUUAUGCCCGACGUGUAAAACGUUGAAGAAGAAAACUUUUGGUAUAAUUCAAUGUAAUGGAUGUAAAUGUAAAUUUUGUUUACAUCAUAUUGUCACCCACAAACAAGAAAUUGUUCAAAAUCUCAACCCGAUUUUAGCUAAUUUUGCCAAAGUAAAACAAGAAUUAUUGGAUUCACAAGAUCCAUCGGAUAAGAUUAGUAAUGAUGAACAAGAUAUUUUAUUUCAAAUUGAUCAAUGGGAAGAGCAAAUGUUUAAAAAAAUCAAAGAAACAGCUGAUAGAGCACGCGAAUGCUUUAAUACAUUGAAAAAUCAAUCAAUGAAUGAUAUGAAACACAAGUUUCAAAUGAUAAAUGAAGAGUUGAAUUCUCGAAUAAACAACGAUAAUUUAUUAGAACCAGAUGUUUAUUGUCUGAAAAAUAAAGUUGAACAAUUAAAAUUGGAAAUUGAUCAAUUAUUACUCACUAGUAAAACAAAUAAUAUUCGAAUAAAUAUUAAACAAAGUGAUCAAAUUGAUUGGACAACAAUGGUUCGCGUAUACAAAAAUGUACAAUUAUGUUUUGAUCAAUUAAAAAUGACACAAAUAAAAUCGAUAUCAUAUACUAAAAAGGUUUCUGGUAUGGCAUCAUCUGAAAAUGUAUUAUUGUAUAGUGAAGGAAAUGAAAAAUUGUGUCUUGUGGAUCGGACAGGAACACAAAAACAAACAGCAAUAGAAUGGAAGUAUGGUAGUAUAAAAGAUAUAUGUUGGUCAUCAAUACUAAAUCAAUUCAUUAUUAUAACAACCAAACAAGUAUUUACUGUUGAAAUAACAACUAUGACGAUAAACAUUAUUUCACAAUUGAAACCGUUGGAUAAUCAUGAAUUUGGUACAUGUGAUUGUUCUGAGAAUAAAUUGUUAUUAGCCUAUCGAGAAGAUGGUAGUCCAUUGGAUCAAUAUCGAAUAAACGACUGGCAGUUGGAAAAACGAUGGCCACUGUUUACCUUAAAUGAUUAUGUAAAAUGUAUUCGAUUUAUGAAUGAUAAACAAGUAGCAUUAGUAAUAGUCAAAUAUGGACGAUCACAUGAUGGAUAUACACUAAAUGUUCAAAAUCUGUUUCAAAUACGUGACAGACUAACAAUGAAUAUUAUUCGAACACACGAAGAUUUCAAAGUUAUAAAUCUCAUAUGUUUAUCACAUAAUCGAUACUUAACGCUACAGAGAGAUAGUCUGCUUAUUAUUGAUGAAAAUGGAGAUAUAAAACGAAACGUGACCUACGGGAAACAAAUCAAGUAUGCAGUGGUCGUUGGAAAAGACUGUUUAGUUAUUAAAACGGAUAAUGAUCACACACUAGAAUUUUAUGAACUUUCGUCAUAA